AUCCCGCCAUGGCUCUGAGUCGCAUCUUGUCGGUGGUUCGCUCCUGUACUCCCCGCCUCGCCCCGCUGUCAACGGCGCCGGCGACCUGUAAGCAGUCCGCCGCGGGCCCGGGGGCCGUGCUGGGAUGCCGGGCGGCCGAGUCCGCGCGGCCGCCCGUGCCUGCCGUGGACUUCGGCAACGCGCAGGAGGCGUACCGCAGCCGGCGCAACUGGGAACUGGCGCGCAGCUUGCUGGUGCUGCGCCUCUGCGCCUCGCCUGCGCUGCUAGCGCGCCACGAGCAGCUGCUCCAUCUCUCCAGGAGACUUCUGGGACAAAGGCUGUUCGACAAACUAAUGAAGAUGACCUUCUAUGGGCAGUUUGUGGCCGGCGAAGACCAGGAGUCCAUUCGGCCCCUGAUUCGGCACAACAGGGCCUUUGGUGUGGGCUCCAUCCUGGACUAUGGGGUGGAGGAAGACCUGAGCCCCGAGGAGGCAGAGCGCCAGGAGAUGGAGUCGUGUACCUCAGAGGCAGACAGGAAGGGCAGGGGCACCAGUAAGAGGGAGAAGCAGUACCAGGUUCACCCAGCCUUCGGAGACCGCAGAGAUGGUGUCAUCAGUGCCCGUACCUACUUCUAUGCCAACGAAGCCAAGUGCGACCGCCACAUGGAGACGUUCCUGCGUUGCAUUGAGGCUUCAGGCGGAGCCAGUGAUGACGGCUUCUCGGCCAUUAAGCUCACUGCCCUGGGGAGACCCCAGUUUCUGCUGCAGUUCUCAGAUGUGCUGACCAAGUGGAGACGGUUCUUUCACCAAAUGGCUGCAGAGCAAGGGAAGGCCGGGCUAGCUGCCAUGGACACGAAGCUGGAGGUGGCGGCACUGCAGGAAAGUGUGGCAAAGAUGGGCAUCGCAUCCAGGAAGGAGAUUGAGAAGUGGUUCACGGCAGAGACGCUGGGCGUGUCUGGCACCCUGGACCUGCUGGACUGGAACAGCCUCAUCAACACCAGGACUGAGCUCUCCAAGCACCUGGUGGUCCCUAACAUGCAGACAGGUCAGCUGGAGCCCCUGCUGUCCGGGUUCACGGAGGAGGAGCAGCGGCAGAUGAGCAGGAUGCUGCAGAGGAUGGAUGUCCUGGCUAAGAAAGCCACUGAGGCGGGGGUGCGGCUGAUGGUGGACGCUGAGCAGACCUACUUCCAGCCAGCCAUCAGCCGUCUGACGCUAGAAAUGCAGCGCAAGUUCAACAUGGAGAAGCCGCUCAUCUUCAACACUUACCAGUGCUACCUCAGGGAUGCCUAUGACAAUAUCACCAUGGACGUGGAGCUCGCUCGCCGUGAGGGCUGGUGUUUUGGGGCCAAGCUGGUACGGGGCGCAUACAUGGCCCAGGAACGGGCCCGUGCUGCAGAGAUGGGCUAUGAGGACCCCAUCAACCCCACGUACGAGGCUACCAACACCAUGUACCACAGAUGCCUCGACUAUGUCCUGGAGUUGCUGAAGCACAACGCCAAAGCCAAAGUGAUGGUGGCCACCCACAAUGAAGACACAGUGCGCUUCACGCUGCGUAGGAUGGAGGAGCUGGGCCUGUACCCUGCAGAUCACCAGGUGUACUUUGGACAGCUGCUGGGCAUGUGUGACCAGAUCAGCUUUCCGCUGGGCCAGGCAGGCUUCCCCGUGUACAAGUAUGUGCCCUACGGCCCUGUGAUGGAGGUACUGCCCUACCUGUCCCGCCGAGCCCUGGAGAACAGCAGUAUCAUGAAGGGCGCCCAGCAGGAGCGGCAACUGCUAUGGCAGGAGCUCAAGCGGAGGCUCUGCACAGGCAGCCUUUUCUACCACCCGGCCUAGCACCCAGGGGCCGCCACCACCACCACCACCAGACUCGGCCUCCCAGGAUCCUCAGGUUGGGGCAGGGAUCUGGGUGGCCCCCAGGCCGAUGCUGCAGCUAUAGCCCAAGUGCCACCUCACAUGGAUUCACCUUACACCCAAGACUUUGAGACCUGGAAGUGGGGCCUUGGUGACCUCUGCUCCGGCCCAGGAUGUGAGCACUCAGGUGUCGGCUGAGUACCUGCCAGAGCUGCGGGGACGGUCAGCAACUGCCCUUCAACAAGUGGGCACUGCCCCAUCCCUGCCCACACCCACAACCUUGGAAUCAAAGGCCAGCGUUUCCACCAGGGUCCAACCCACACACCCCAAGCUCCACAGGUGGGCAGUAGCCAGACUAGGUCAGGCGGCCUGAUUAAUAAACCACUAUUUCUGUAGCUAA